AUGAUUGACCAUCCGAUCUCUCCUGAGACUCCCAAGACCAGCGUGAGGGAUCGGAAUACGUGCGAGCAGACUGCGGGGAAAGGCUGUCGCACCUGUGCUAGAAGACGCAUUCUGUGCGACCGCACUCUCCCGACGUGCAGAAAAUGCUCAAGCAAAGGCCUGGGUUGCCCUGGCUAUCAGCGGCAGCUGCGGUGGACGAGCGCCGUCGCUGUGCGUGGGCCGCUGAAGCACCUUUCUCCCGCUGAGGCCUUCAAUGCCAGGUCCCUCACCGACAAACCCAAACUGUCUGAAAAUCCACACGGUGACCGGCCUACACCAAAUGUAGCGAUCGAGCCUGAACCUCAAAUCCCAACCUUCUCGCUUGACAGGCCUGUGAUCGACCGGUUCUUCGAAUACUAUGCAUCGCACAUCGCCCCGAUGAUGGUGUGGUUGGAUUCCGAUGCCAACGGAUAUCGUCGUCUCAUAUUGCCCAUGGCAGAACAGCACCUCAUCUUGCGGCUGGCGAUCUGUGCUAUAUCUGCCGCUCACAUGCCCCAAGAACCCCAAUACGGGUUGAAAUUCUCCUCGGCAACUGGCGAUGCUACGAUGGCGAUGAUUGCGGCACACGUGCGGCAGAUAAAUAACAGUCUAGAAGUUGGGGGCAACGGGUCAGCGGGGGGAGAAAACCGAUCCCUCGAGUGCACCUUGGCCGCGAUGCUGAUCCUCGCCAAUCAAUCGCUCUUGGGAUCGGAGUUGCCUCUGGCCCGAUUUCACAGACAGGCCGCUCGAGUCAUGCUGGAGAGACUGUCCUCGCAGAGGUCGCCCAGCGACGAGCUAUUUGCCUUUCUCAAAAAUCAGCUGGCGUUGUGUGAUAUCCUGAUGUGUACGACCAUGUUCGACGCUGAGCAUAUUCACACGGUCAUUCUGCCGGAAUUUGCGAACGGCGAUGUUAUCCUAGGCCGAUUUUUGACCAUUGUGCAUCGAAUUACCCGCCGGUCGCUCGACAUCGUCGCAGUCGAUGCUCUCCGCGAUGACGACGCUUAUCUUGAUGAGCUGGAGAGCGAGCUGGAGCUGGCCCAAGGGCCGAGCCUCAUGGUUGCCGGACAGAUGAUCUCGCAGCGCAGCCAAUCCGCCAAAGAAGACUUCACCCGGCUCAUCCACGUCUUUCACCACGCUGGAGUUCUCUAUGCAUGCCAACGUCUCCGGCUGGGGAUGGGUUUCCGCGCCCAAUUCCACCUCGACAAACUCUUCAGAUCGUUGAAGCAAUUCCACAACGUCAAAGCCGUCCUUCACAAUCUGGCAUGGCCGGUGUUCAUUGCAGGAAUCUGCGACUGGACCACCCCCGAACAGAAAGCCACGAUCUCGGAGAUCUGUGGUGCAAUGUCAAUGCAUACGGGAUUUGGCCAUUAUUCGAGAAUCCAGCUUUUCCUGCAGGACCUUUGGCAGACACCGCACAAGAAUUGGAUCCUCCUUGCCAAGGGCUGGGAGGCCGAAGGAAAUCCAGUCGUUGCCGUCUGAUCUCGGAGAGGGGCGAGGGGUUGUUAAUAAUGCUCCUCGGUUGGAC